UCAAAGUACAAAGUUGCCGGCGCUCAGAAAAAAAAUUCUGGUGGAUUCGUUUGGACCUUUAAGUCAAGUUUGGUGUCGUUUUCAGAUAACUAGAUGAUGCCCAGUUCAUUCCCCAUACCAGUUCUUUUAGGGUGCCAUAGCAAAAUAUGACGAAAUACUUAAAAUAAUAAACUUUUAGAAGUAACACAAUGUAAACAAACCCUUAUAUUUUCAUAUUUUUGUAUGAAACUUGGUUUAUAAAAAAUACUAUCCGAAAGCCUAUUUAAUGCAGAUUAUAAAAACAUUAACAAUAAAUAUACAUUUAACUAUUUUCAUUGUAAAAUAAAUUAAUUGUUGCACAUACGUAAUAGAGCCGCAGCGCGGUCUCACUGAUCGCGCGCGGGCGACGCGGCGACGCUCAGCGGGGCGGGGUCAUGAUCUUCGCCAUUCGCGUUCAUUCGACUUCACUCACUCAACCGACAUACAUACUCGUACAGUCAGUUUUCGUUCAACUUUCGUUCGAAGUGUACCACACGUGGCUUGGAAUCUGGAUGGGCUAACUUUCUUCGUGACGGAUCAAACAAAGAAGAGCUAUACCAUCUUUUGUCGUCACAUUGUUACUCAAACAUGGACUUACCAAUGGGUAAAGAAUUCGUCAUAACUGAUGGCUCCGAAGCUCUUAGUAAAACCACUCCGACUGAGAAUAUGGCACCGUGCAAUCACGAAGAAGCGGACACACGGGUAAUGCUUCAUCUUGCUGACGCUGUGCUGAAAGGGCACUCCAAGGUAAUGUUAAGAACAGUCGACACAGAUGUCGUCGUACUAGCAAUAUCUUGUGUGCCAAAGCUAGAAGGCCUAGAAGAACUAUGGGUGCACAUUGGAACAGGACGAAAUCACCAAUACCUGGCGUGUCACACUAUAUCUUCAUGUUUAGGUAACAGACUUAUUAGUACCCUAAUCAAUUUUAUGACAAGAUCAAUCAAAUUUAAUACUAAAUUAAUGGUCUUCUUUAUUGUUACAGGCCCUGAAAGAACACACGUUUUGCCCUUAUUUCAUUCUUUCACCGGAUGUGACACAACCUCAUCCUUUAACGGAAGAGGGAAAAAAACCGCGUUUGAAGCUUGGAAAGCAUAUCCGAAUGUCACACGGGGGUUUGAAGCACUGUAUAGGGGGGAAUAUGACAGAGCGGACCCUGAAAUUCAAAAAUUUGUUAUUACCAUGUAUGACAGAUCAUGCCCCUCUGAGACAGUAAAUGAGUGUCGCAAGAAUUUAUUUACAAAAAAAGACAGGCAAAUCGAUAAUUUGCCUCCUACUGAAGCUGCUCUCAAACAACAUACCUUAAGGGCAGUUUUACAGGCUGUUUAUGUUUGGGGGCAGUGCCUAAUAAAAAACCAGAAUAUUCCUUGCCCAUCUGAAUGGGGUUGGCAGAAAGAAGGAGAAGUUUGGGUGCCACUGUGGACCCAAAGUCCUAUGGCUGCUCAAGCAUGCCUGGAGUUGAUUAGAUGUAGGUGCUUGAAAUCUUGCAGAAACAAAUGUAAUUGCUCCAAACGCCAGCUCAAAUGCACAGAACUAUGUAAUUGUGGAGGAAAUUGUAAAUAAAUGUCUGUAAACUUUAA